AUGGUGAGUAGUUCGAAGGAUGAACCGGGAGGCGACCUCGAGAAUUCCUCUGGAAAUGCGCCGGAGUCCAAUUCAGAGUGCCUUUUUGCCGCAGGCGAGAAGGUCCUUGCCUAUCAUGGUCCCCGUAUCUAUGAAGCCAAGGUUAAAAAAGUAGAGUUUCGGAAGAAUGAAUGGAAAUACCAUGUCCAUUACCUUGGUUGGAAUAAAAAUUGGGAUGAAUGGGUAGGCAUGGAUCGGUUGAUGAAGCAUAUUGAAGAGAAUGUUUUGAAGCAGCAGGCCCUUGAUAAGAAAGCUGGCGUGGACAAGAAUGCGAAGUCAGGGCGUUCGUCACAAGUGAAACCAAAAAGUUCAUCUGAUAGUAAAUUGGAUAAUGAGGAGACUAAGAACAAUGUUGCAAAAGGGAAGAAGCGAAAGGCUGACUUGGGCAUUGAGAAAAAUAAUUCAGCGGCAGAAAAACUCCUCAAAAUCCAAAUUCCAUCAACUCUAAAGAAGCAAUUGGUUGAUGAUUGGGAGUUUAUUACUCGGCAGAAUAAGCUUGUAAAACUUCCUCGAUCUCCUAAUGUCGAAGAUAUUAUUGCAAAGUACCUCGAUUACAGGUCCAAAAAGGAUGGCACGAAGACUGAUGCAGUUGGAGAAAUUUUGAAGGGGCUGCGAUGUUAUUUUAACAAAGCAUUGCCAGUUGUUCUAUUAUACAAAAAGGAGCGCGAACAGUACAAUGAAUCAGUUUCAGAUAAUGUCACCCCAUCAUAUAUAUAUGGUGCAGAACAUUUAUUGCGCCUCUUUGUGAAGUUGCCAGAAUUGUUGGCAUAUGUGAAAAUUGAUGAGGAGACUUUGAUUCGGAUGCAGCAGAAAUUGCACGAAUUUCUCAAGUUUCUGCAAAAGAAUGAAAGCACUUUCUUUCUUGCUACAUAUGAUGACCAUAAAGUAAUUGGAGGAAGUGGCAAAGGGAAGGAUAGCUGA